AUAAUGGGAUAUACUCUUGAUCUAAUCGCUUUCCAUGUCGACCGUGUUUUUUUAUUUCUUCCUUUUCGAUGCCCACAUAUAUUGAAACACAAUUCUUUUCUCAUGCGUCGACAAUAUAUAAAUAUACAUGCUUUGUGUCCAGUAGCUAGUAAAUUCGCUAAGGAAGUGAUGUGGAAUCUCAGAGUCGAGGGACUAAAAGAUAGAAUCAGAAAUGGAGAAAGAUAUCGUCUCUCGCAUCUGCGGUCAAAUUUUGACUUGAUCGAAUGAUGGUUCGAUAGAAUCAUAAUCUAAACGUAUUUGGUCGACUCAGAGUUUCAACUAAUAACGUUGUAUGACAAACGCCACAACAUUUCUCAGUAGAGAACCCAACAGGUGUGACAAAUUUUAAAAAAUGGUCUCAUCCCAAGGAAAGGUUGCCGAAGAGAAUGAUUCCCUGUCCUAGAGGGCACUUCACUCUAUAAUGCAAAAUGUUUGAUUCAAAAAUGAAAGAUUUUUCUCAAGAAAGACGGUACCUUGAAAUACUGACAAAUCCACUUCUGUUCAUUCUUCUAGUUUCACAAACGAUGGAAAAUAAGACAAUUAUUAUCAGCAAUUCUGUUAAAGUAGACGAUAGUCAAAAGGCAACGCCGGUCGGAAUACCAACUACGAUAAAUAUGGAAGAGAUAACUUUAAUUUGGUUUGAUGAAGAUAUCCGUUUAAGAGAAGAUAUAAAGGAAACGACAAAAGUUCUUCGACAAAUAAAUGACUGUAUCAUAUUUCACGACGACAAAGACAAAUGUAUUAAACACAUUAAAUCAAUUCAACAUGAAAAAAUACUUUUCAUCUCAACAUGUGAAUCUGCCUUGGAUAUUUUGAAUAUUGUACACCAUUUAAGCCAAAUUCAUUUAGUAUUUCUGCUUUCCACGACCCCAAAACAAUAUGAGCAUUUAUUGCAUGAAUAUUCAAAAAUUGUUAGAAUAUUUGAAGAACAACACGAGCUUAUUAACUCAAUUAAACAAAAUAUCGAUUUAGCUGAAAAGCAAAUGCAAACAUUUAGCUUUUAUGAUCAAAAUCAAAAUCUGGCUCAGAAAUACGAAGAACUAAAAACCCAGCAAACCUCAUCCACCGUGAAAACUCUGUACCGCGGACUUAAAUUGUCUGAUAAUGACUUUCACAAAUUGAAACAGUAUGAAGGGAAAUUAAUAUCGGCUAAUGGAUUUUUCUCAACAAGUGGGUCGAAACAAGUAGCUCUUAUGUUCGCCAGCGAAUCAGCAACAGAACCUCCACAGCAAUCAGUUCUAUUUGAAAUACAAUGUGGAAUACCAGCCAACAUGGCCACACUUGCAGACAUAUCCGAAAUCAGCAAUUUUCACUCAGAAGAAGAAGUUUUGUUUGAUCUGGGAGCAAUAUUUCUAAUUCAGACAAUCGAACCAAGUCCGAAAUCAAACGUUUGGGUCAUCAAAAUGAAAGAGACUGCUCAAGGCGCAUCAGUUGUCCGAGACUACAAGGAACUAAAUAAAAAAGCCAUGCAAAAACAUAGCGCAGUCAUCAUCUUCGGUGAUCUUCUUACCAACAUGGGUCAAUAUGCCAAAGCACAAACGUAUUUCGAAAGCCUCUUAGCAUCUCCAAACCGAGAAGAUAUAAGUUGGAUCUACCACAAAAUUGCAACCGCUCACUACCGCAAAGGUGAAUACGAACAAUCAUUACAAUACUCCCUACGCGCUCAAGAAACAAACAUGAAUGACGAUCCAACCGCAAGUCAAACACCGGCACACAUUAUAACAGACAUUGCCAGUGUUUACUUUUCAAAGGCAGAUUAUGAUCAAACAUCGGACUCUCACCCGAAAGCAUUAAGACUGGCAGAAAUUCGUCUUCCUCCGAACCAUGACAGUACAGCGGCAAGUCUCAUGACUAUCGGGAAUAUUUAUUAUUCCAAGGGAGAUUCUGAUCAAGCUUUGCAAUAUUCUCUAAAAUCAUUAAGAAUGCACGAAAUUUAUCUUCCUCCAAACCAUGACAGUACAGCUGCGAGUCUCAUCAACAUUGGGAAUAUUUAUUAUUCCAAGGGAGAUUCUGAUCAAGCUUUGCAAUAUUCUCUAAAAUCAUUAAGAAUGCACGAAAUUUGUCUUCCUCCGAACCAUGACAGUACAGCUGCCAGUCUCAGGAAUAUUGCGAAUAAUUAUCGAGCGAAGGCAGAUUAUGAUCAAGCUUUGGAAUAUUCUCUAAAAUCAUUGAGAAUGCAAGAAAUUUGUCUUCCUCCGAACCACCACACUACAGCUGCGAGUCUCAUGACUACUGGGAAUAUUUAUUAUUCGACGGGAGAUUAUGAUCAAGCUUUGCAAUAUUACCUGAAAGCAUUGAGAAUAAAAGCCAUUUGUCUUCCUCCGAACCAUGACAGUACAGCUGCGAGUCUCAUCAACAUUGGGAAUAUUUAU